AUGUCGUUUGAAGUUAUUGCAUUACCAUAUUCUUGGAUACACAAGAAAGGAUCAUCAUCAAGAUUUGAAAAUCUCCUGAACCUCAUCAAUGCGUCGUACAAUAAACCACGCUAUAAGUUUGGCAUUAUUAAAACCCCAAGAAUAAAGAAUAAUCAAUCAAUAUUACUGGACUUGGCUAUAGGAGUGGAUGAUGAGAUUUGUAUUUAUUUGUUACUUGGUAAAGACGAAAUUUUUGAAGAUCUAUUUGACAAAGAUGGGUACAAGCGAGAUUUGACAAAGGAGUCAAUUAACGUGACUCAGGCGUUUAGUAAUGACAUUCCUGAAAGGUACUACUCUGUAUUUGAUCUUGGUCAAUUGUCUAAUGCUGGUAUUGUUUUUGCCGAUGAAGAGUUUGAACUCACUAAUGACGUCUUGAAUAGAUGUAUUGCAAGUGUAGGUUUAAGAUCGUUUCAUGAUAAACUGAAAUCAGGUAUUAAAGAAUUUGAAUUAACUGCAUUCACAUCAUUUAUGAGAAAUACAGCUCCAGCAUUUUUGAAUUUUGUAAUUAACAAUUGUCUAUUAAACGAAGACAGAUUUGCAAAGUUGUCUCAAGCAGGGCUCUUGAACGACUAUAAUAAGAUUGUUAUUCAUGCUGAUGUGAUUAAAGAACAUGGUUUGGUUGAAUAUUAUACAAAGAAAUGUUCCUUCGUACAAUCGUUAAGACCAGAUGUUCAUGUUACUGUUGCUGAAGAUAUGAAAGCUGCAGAAGGUAUAUUUGAAAAGGGUGUUUUAGCAGCAAGGGAUUUUCAUAUCUCGUUCUUGGAAAGAGAGAUCAAUAUAGAUAGACAUAUAGAUGUUGUACUUUAG